AUACUAAAGAUAGAUGACAAAACCACGAGCUGCGGUGGGAUAAGAAAGUGUGUGUGAGUGUCCAAACAGGAAAUAAAUAAACAAUAAUAAAGUAAAAGAAAAAGGCAAAAUAAUUGAGAGUGAGAUAAAAUCGGGUCUCGCAGUUCCAUUCCAUCAGCUUCGCUUCCCUUCGUUUCAUCUUCAUCUUCCUCAUCUUCAUCUCCAUCUUCACCUUCCUUUAGGUUUCAUUCUCCUAACCUUCUAACUCUUCCUGCUUCUCAACUUUCUUCUUCAACUCCUUCAUUUUUUCUUCCGGAUCUUCCUCACUCAGGUAAAGAUGCAAGGUGCUGUGCGAUCAUUUCUAUCACAUGGAAACGUUGUGAAAACUGCUGUUCUGCAACAAAUUCGUGUAGCAAACCCCCAUAUGAGGCCUGCAAUGCUCUCACGUUUUUCAACAUCAGCUAGUUCUGCAAACAUUGAAGAGCAUGGCUUUGAAAGCACUACCAUUGAUGAUAUCUUGAAAGCUAAAGGCAAAAGUGCCGAUGGAUCUUGGCUUUGGUGCACCACGGAGGACUCUGUUUAUGAUGCUGUUCAGUCGAUGACUCAGCACAAUGUUGGAGCCUUGGUGGUGGUUAAACCUGCGGAGCAAAAUUCAAUAGCUGGUAUUAUAACAGAGAGAGAUUAUCUGAGAAAGAUUAUAGUGCAAGGCAGAUCUUCGAAGUCUACCAAAGUUGGGGAUAUUAUGACUGAGGAGAACAAACUUAUCACUGUGACACCUGACACCAAGGUCUUGCGGGCUAUGCAACUUAUGACUGACAACAGAAUCAGGCACAUACCCGUCAUUGAUGACAAGGGCAUGAAAGGCAUGGUGUCAAUCGGGGAUGUUGUUCGGGCUGUGGUGAGCGAGCAUAGGGAGGAGCUAGAUCGCCUGAAUGCUUACAUUCAGGGAGGUUAUUAAGUUGGUUCUGCUGACUUUGGUUGCUUGGUGUAUGAUUCGAUAAACCAGAGCACUUCAGCUCUUGUACAUAUGAUGAUGAUGAUAAGCUUGGUAUGCGCACUCUCUUAUUAAUAUGGUUGUGCUUCAUUUUCAUGUUGUUUUUAGUACAAUAACGGACUGAUGUUGUAAUAAUAGACUCGCAACAACUUUGCUUUGCAAAAUUGCACCCUAAUUUUGCAUCAUCGUUGAAGGAGAUGACUGUCAUAAAUCUCCUCCAAGUUUGCAAUUUACCAAAAAUGAAGCAGUAUAUUUCUGUUCAAAA